UUUUUUUUUUUACUGCUGUUACUUUCUUUGACUUAUGCCCUUGGUUUCUCCCUUUAUUGUCCCUUCUUUCUCCAAAUGUCUUAAUAUUGUUGCUCCCCACCUCAAAUCCCAGCUACAUUUCCCCAUCGACAAACAUCCCCGCCUGCCCACCCUGCUAAGGGUUGCAGCCAUGGCUGCUGCUGCCUCCUCUCCUUCCAGCCUCUGCCUCCUGGGCAGGCAGGGAGCUCCUGCUCCCAGCACCCCGUCCCUCUCGGCCACCCCAGCUUUCUCCCACAGAGGCGGCCUGGGAGUAGUCCCCUGCUUGCAUCCUUCCACAGGUCAGUCGGGAACGGCUCUUGGGCCAGCAACAUAGUACUGCCUGUGCUGAAAACACAUAAAUGUGUUAGAAAAAAGACGUGUGUUGGGUGUUAGUAAUCUCUGGGUGUCAGUAACUGUUGCUGAGCAGAUCAAACAGUGAUAGGCGAUUUUGUGUAGUUUAUUAUUUUGUCGGGUUUUUUCCUGCACACAUAGAUCCCAUGAAAUGCCACCAUGAAAUAAACAAACUGCCUGUAAGGCACCAUGUAACAAUAAAGCAUUUGAUCUGCAUGCUUUAUUUUGUAAAAAGUUAAACUGACCAUUAGCAAGAGUUGCCAAAGGCGCUGACCAGCGCCCGGGUGCGUUGGCGGGAGGGGGCACCCGGCAGCGACCGCCCCCAGGAGCGCGCAGCAGCCCCGGGCCGGGCGGGCGGCGGCACGGCUGGUUUUCUCACCGCCUCCGGGGGGGACGUGGCAGAGGACGCACUUACGCCACCGAUACCCGGGGCACGAGUGGGCCCCGCCGCCGGCCGGCCUGCCUCCUCGCUCUCCCCACUCUCCCCAGAGGCCCGGCCGCGAAUCACCCGUGCGAGCUCCCUCAUCCCGCCCCCAAUCCCGGCAGCGAGAGGCGGGACCGGCAACACGCGAGGGGCGGCCCCGGCGCCGGCUCCGCUCGCGUUCCGGCCGCGGCCGCCGCUCCUCACCGCCUCCGCUCGCGUUCCGGCCGCGGCCACCGCUCCCUCUCCGCGCCCGCCACUGCUGCCGCCAUGAGCGCGGACCCCGUUGUCUUCGUCUCCGCCGCCAGGACCGCCGUCGGCUCCUUCAACGGCGGCCUGUCCGCGCUGCCGGCGCACGAACUGGGGGCCGCCGUCAUCCGGGAGGUGCUGCGGCGGGCCGGGCUGGCCCCCACCGAUGUGUCGGAGGUGAUCCUGGGGCACGUCCUCACCGCAGGUGCUGGCCAGAACCCCGUCCGGCAGGCGAGUGUUGCUGCGGGAAUCCCUUACUCUGUCCCUGCCUGGAGCUGCCAGAUGAUCUGUGGGUCAGGCUUGAAAGCAGUAUGUCUGGCUGCUCAGUCCAUUCUGACGGGAGACUCCAGCAUCGUGGUUGCAGGAGGCAUGGAAAGUAUGAGCAAGGCUCCUCAUGUCAUUCACAUGCGAGCUGGGGUGAAAAUGGGAGAGGCCUCUUUGCAGGACACUAUAAUCCUCGAUGGCCUUACAGAUGCUUUUUAUCAGUAUCAUAUGGGUAUAACAGCUGAAAAUGUGGCCAAUCAGUGGCAAAUCAGCAGAGGGGAACAAGACCAACUUGCUGUACAGUCACAAAACAGGGCAGAGGCAGCACAGAAAGCUGGCUAUUUUACUAAAGAAAUUGUUCCUGUUCUUGUACCUUCUAAAAAAGGUCCUAUAGAAGUUAAAACAGAUGAACACCCUCGACAUGGGAGCAACUUGGAAACAAUGGCAAAGUUAAAGCCCUGUUUCCUGACAGAUGGAACUGGGACAGUGACAGCAGCUAAUGCUUCAGGUAUAAAUGAUGGAGCUGCAGCUGUAAUUCUAAUGAAGAAAUCGGAAGCUGCUAGGAGAGGUCUUAUGCCUUUGGCUCGGAUUGUAUCUUGGGCUCAGACAGGUAUUGAUCCCUCCAUAAUGGGAGUAGGGCCCAUUUCAGCAAUAAAGCAAGCUAUUGACAAAGCCAGCUGGACUCUGGAACAAGUUGACCUGUUUGAAAUUAAUGAAGCCUUUGCAUCACUAUCUGUUGCAAUAGCAAAAGAACUGAAAGUAAAUCCUGAUAAGAUUAAUAUCCAAGGUGGAGCCAUUGCUCUUGGCCACCCUCUUGGUGCCUCUGGUUGCCGUAUCCUUGUUACUCUUCUACAUGCACUGGAACGAACAGGUGGAAAACGUGGUGUUGCUGCCCUCUGUAUAGGAGGAGGAAUGGGAAUAGCCAUGUGCGUUGAGAGAUGAAUAUGAAUGGCUAGUGCUGACUAGCUUUGACACAGUUUACUAAUAAACUUCUAAUCAUGGAGCUUA